GAGACCCAACAUUUAAACUAGCAUCCAAACACUCGGAUUAGGUUUCCCACAUUUCCCUCUACUUCCUUGCUUCCCUGCUGUGCUGACAAAGACCAGGAACAGGGGUCAGAAAGAGAGAUAACCGAUCCUGAGACUCGAACCCCCGGGAGUUUAACCAGGAAAAUGGCUUCCAAGUUCGGCUUAGCUGGCGGAAUCCCGGAGCGGCGGGUUCGACCCAUUUGGGACGCCAUCGAUUCUCGACAGUUCAAAAAUGCUCUCAAAAUCACUACCACUCUCCUUUCCAAACAUCCCCAUUCUCCUUACGCUCUCGCUCUCAAGGCACUGAUAUUGGAAAGGAUGGGAAAAUCCGAUGAAGCACUAUUUGUUUGUUUAAAUGCAAAAGAGCUUUUGUAUAAGAAUGAGUCCUUGUUGAUGGAUGAUCUCACUCUUAGCACGCUGCAAAUCGUUUUCCAACGACUCGAUCACUUGGAGUUGGCUACUAGCUGUUACGAGCAUGCUUGUGGGAAAUUCCCAAACAAUUUGGAACUGAUGAUGGGCCUUUUCAACUGUUAUGUUCGAGAGUAUUCGUUUGUUAAGCAGCAACAGACAGCUAUCAAAAUGUACAAGCUUGUUGGUGAGGAAAGGUUUUUGCUCUGGGCAGUUUGUAGCAUCCAGUUGCAGGUUCUUUGUGGAAAUGGUGGAGAGAAGCUGUUACUCUUAGCCGAGGGUUUACUUAAGAAGCAUGUUGCUUCCCAUAGCUUGCAUGAGCCUGAAGCUCUUAUUGUCUACAUUUCAAUAUUGGAGCAACAAGCAAAAUUUGGUGAUGCUUUGGAAAUUCUCACGGGGAAGUUAGGAUCCCUUUUGAUGAUUGAAGUUGAUAAGCUACGGAUACAGGGGAAGCUUCUUGCUCGGGCAGGUGACUAUGCUGCUGCCGCCAAUGUAUACCAGAAAAUCUUAGAAUUAUGUGCUGAUGAUUGGGAGGCUUUCCUACACUAUCUUGGCUGUUUAUUAGAGGAUGAUAGCAGUUGGUCCAAAGAAAACAUCAAUGCUCCAAUUCAUCCCACAAAAUUUGUGGAAUGCAAGCUUACACACUUGACAGAUGAAGUGUUUGAUUCUUGUGUAUCAAAUGCAUCAGCAUUUGUACAGAAGUUACAAGGAGAAGAAAGUAGUAAUUCUUUAAGAAAUCCAUACUUGGCACAUCUUGAAAUUGAAAGGAGGAAAUACCUGUUUGGAAAGAACAAUCAUGAUGAUCUUAUAGAAGGUCUUUUGCAAUAUUAUUCAAGGUUUGGUCACUUGGCUUGCUUCACCUCUGAUGUUGAAGCUUUUAUUCAAGUAUUAUCACCAGAAAAAAAGAUGGAGUUUCUGGAUAAGUUAAUGAAAAACUCGAAUGCCCUUUCAGCAGUGCCAACUAAAGCGCUAGGGCAGUCAAUAACUCUUUUGAAAACACAAGAACUGAUUGGAAACAUGUUCAGGCUUUCUGUGGGUGAACUUGAAGCCUCUGCUCUACAAAUGGCCGAGUUGUACUGUAAAAACCUUCCACUGUCCAAGGAUUUGGAUCCACAAGAGAGUAUGCAUGGUGAAGAGCUGCUAUCAAUUGUCUGCAAUGUAUUGGUUCAGUUAUUUUGGCGCACGAGAAAUCUUGGCUAUUUUGUUGAGGCGGUUAUGGUUUUGGAGUUCGGGUUAACCAUUCGAAGAUAUGUGUGGCAAUACAAAAUCUUAUUGUUGCAUUUGUAUUCACACUUCUGUGCCCUUUCAUUGGCGUAUGAAAGGUAUAAAUCAUUGGAUGUGAAGAAUAUCUUGAUGGAAACUGUUUCACAUCACAUUUUACCCCAGAUGUUGGUGUCUCCACUGUGGGCAGAUUUAAGCAAUCUGCUAAAAGAUUACCUCAAGUUUAUGGAUGAUCACUUCAGAGAAUCUGCAGAUCUUACAUUUCUCGCAUAUCGCCAUAGAAAUUACUCUAAAGUAAUAGAAUUUGUUCAGUUCAAAGACCGGUUGCAACAUUCCAAUCAAUAUUUGGUGGCAAGGGUUGAAGCACCAAUUCUACAGUUAAAGCAGAGUGCAGAUAACAUUGAAGAAGAAGAGAGUAUUCUUGAGAGCUUGAAAUGCGGGAUUGACUUUGUAGAGCUCUCUAAUGAGAUUGGGUCAAAAGUGCUGACCUUCAAUGAAGAUUUCCAGUCGCGACCUUGGUGGACACCAACUACAGAGAAAAACUAUCUUUUAGGUCCAUUUGAAGGAAUCUCCUACUAUCCUAAAGAAAACUUGGGAAGGGAAGCAAAUGUACGGGGAACCAUCGAGAGGAAGUCUCUUCUUCCUCGGAUGAUAUAUUUGUCUAUUCAAAGUGCAUCAGUCUUACACAAGGAUAACAGUGAAAUCAAUGGUUCUUUAGCUGAUCCUAAAACAUCCACAGAACUGAGGACUUUGCUUGAACGUUAUGCGAAACUGUUGGGAUUUUCCUUAAAUGAUGCAAUAGAUGUGGUUGUGGGGGCUUCCCGUGGGUUGAAUCCUUUUCAGGCUUUUGGUUCAGAUGUGAUUGACUGGUUGAACUUUGCCGUAUUUUUGAAUGCGUGGAACUUGAACUCUCAUGAGCUUGAACAACUUGGAGGUGAAUGCAUGCAUGGUGGUUGGCAUCUUGUAAAUUCUCUGCUGGAAAACUACAUUCUGGGGAAGGUCAGAUCCAUGGAGCCUCUGAUUCACUCACCACAGGGUGAUUUUCCUAUGUUGGUCCAGAUAGCUACCGAACCAUUGGCUUGGCAUGGCCUUGUAAUUCAGUCUUGUGUCCGAUCGUGUCUUCCAUCUGGAAAGAAGAAAAAGAAGAGUGGAUCUGUGGAUCAGUCUAUCUCUUCAUUAUCUUAUGCAAUUCGGGAUGCUAUUCAGUCUUUAUGUGGCACAUUAGAAGAGGUUGCAAAAUGGUUACAAGAUCAGAUCAAUAGCCCGGAGGACAAAAAGAUGGACAAUUUAGUAUCCUCUCUUCAGAGAAAUGGACAGGGUGAAGGACCUGGACAGGUUCUCCAUCUUUUGGAGACUUUGAUGUCCUCCCCAAAUGAGACAGUACUUGGCAAUCGGAUCUCCGAAGCUUUAAGGUCUUGGAGUCCUGUUGAUGUUGCAAGAAAAAUAGUAACUGGACAGUGUACAGUACUCUCUGAAUUUUGUCGUAUUUGUAAAUCAAAAAUAAAGUCAUUACGGGCUUUGAAGCAGCAGCUAGCUCAGGUCUGAAGAGUGAUUUAUGGUGGCACAAACAUUAAAGCAGGCGUUAGGCCUAAUCGUUUUUCCUCCCUUUAGCCUCGGAAGUGUUAGCAGAUUCAACAUUGUACCUGUCCCAGGAAAAGGUUGAAGGAAUGCAUGUGUUGAGUCCUGUUACAUGAUUCUGCAGAUUUUGAUGCUAGAUAAAUGUCAGGUGGCCUUUCCACAGUUUUGGUAUUCUCUGUAAGGUUUCUUGUUGGAGAGUGUGUACACUAAAUAAAUUCCUUCCCUUUUCUUCUUAUGUUCAAAUUCUUUUCACCAUGCAAUUCUGUAUUCUUAUUUCUCAGUUUAGAUUUUGGCAUUGUAACACUCACAUAAUUCCCACCUUAAUUGAAAAGCUGUUGCAGUUUUCUUUA